AUGGAUAAUGAACUCAAUCGAUAUUAUAUAAAAAUUCGAACUAUUUUGAAAAUAGAUCCAAAGACAAUUCAUGAAGAACUUGUAACAGCUUUGGGACCCAAUGCUCCAUCAUAUACAACAGUUACAAGAUGGGCAAAACAUUUUCGUGAAGGAAGAGAAGAUGUCAAUGAUGAUCCUCGAUCUGGUCGUCCAGUAUCCGAACUUACAGAUGAAAACAUUGAACUGGUUCGACAAGUUAUCAGCAAUGAUCCACAUUCAACUUAUGAUGAAAUUAUAGCUGAGACUUCUCUCUCUCAUGGUAUAACAGAGCGAAUUAUCCACGACUGUCUCAAGAUGAAAAAAGUUACAUCUCGUUGGGUACCCCAUCAACUAACUGAUGAACAAAAACAACAACGAGUUAAACUUUGUCGUGAAAAUUUGACGAAAUUUCAAAAUGGUUCCUAG